CGCUAUAGGUGCAGGGGCUGGUGAGAUAGCAGAUAUCGCCUUGUUCUCUCUUUCUUUUAUUGGGGUAUGGCUGGUAAUAAACAGUAAUAUUUAAUUUGUCCGAGACCACAAAUCGACUUCUAGCUGGGAGGCUGGUCGCCUUUAGAGACCCUCGAGAAGCUGGUCCAGAGAACCUUUCUUGGUUUCGUUCCAAAAGCUUCCCUGCAGCAGCGAAACCCACCGAGCGGGGCUCGUCCUCCCCUCCCCCCCUCAACCCACUCCCCACACCCAUUUCACUGGAGGCCCCGGGAAGAUUUCUGGCGAUUUUUGAAGCGGAGCACCCAGCGACCAUGGCCGAUGCCGAAGACGGCUUUGACGUCUCUCACACUCCGCUAGACCCGGACGUUAAGGAGCUGGCGUCCGAAGCCAAGGCCGAAAACCCUCUCGGGACUAGCGGCAAGUCCCCCGGGUCGCCUCAGGCGGCCUUCACCCAGCAGGGCAUGGAGGGAAUCAAAGUGUUCUUACACGAGCGGGAACUGUGGCUGAAAUUUCACGAGGUGGGAACGGAGAUGAUCAUAACGAAAGCUGGAAGGCGAAUGUUUCCCAGCUAUAAAGUGAAGGUUACCGGGCUUAACCCCAAAACUAAGUACAUACUGUUGAUGGAUAUCGUACCAGCGGACGACCACAGAUACAAAUUUGCGGACAACAAGUGGUCGGUGACGGGCAAAGCGGAGCCCGCCAUGCCAGGACGCUUAUACGUCCACCCCGAUUCCCCGGCCACCGGUGCGCACUGGAUGCGGCAACUCGUCUCCUUCCAGAAACUGAAGUUGACCAAUAACCACCUGGACCCCUUCGGCCAUAUUAUACUGAAUUCCAUGCACAAAUAUCAACCUCGGCUCCACAUCGUGAAAGCCGACGAGAAUAACGGAUUCGGCUCGAAAAACACGGCCUUCUGUACCCACGUCUUCCCCGAGACGGCUUUUAUCGCUGUGACAUCCUAUCAGAACCACAAGAUCACCCAGUUAAAGAUCGAGAACAAUCCGUUUGCGAAAGGGUUUCGCGGCAGUGAUGACAUAGAACUUCAUCGGAUGUCAAGAAUGCAAAGUAAGGAGUACCCUGUGGUACCGAGGAGCACCGUCAGGCAGAAGGUGGCCUCGAAUCACAGCCCCUUCAGUGGCGAGUCGAGAGUGUUGUCUGCUUCCUCCACCCUGGCCCCCCAGUAUCCCUGCGAGAACGGAGUGUCGAGCACUGCUCAGGAUUUGCUGCCGACCGCCAGUCCGUACCCUCUCUCUCAGGAGCACGGGCCAGUAUUCCACUGCACCAAGAGAAAAGAUGAAGAGUGUCCCACCCCUGAACACCCAUACAAGAAGCCGUACAUGGAGGCCUCCGCGGCCGAAGAGGACUCAUUCUACCGGUCGGGCUACCCGCAGCAGCCGCCACCGCCGCCGCCGCAGCAGCAGCAGGGCCUGAACCCCCCGUAUCGGACCGAGUCGGCCCAGCGCCAGGCCUGCAUGUACGCCACCAGCUCGGCGCCCGCGGCGGACCCGCCCCUGCCCAGCCUGGAGGACAUCAGCUGUGGCUCCUGGCCCACCGUGCCUGCCUACGGCAGCUGCCCGGUGGCCGGCCUGCAGCCCCUGGAACGGCUCCCUUACCAGCAUUUCUCUGCCCACUUCUCUUCGGGACCUUUAAUGCCUCGCCUGUCCGGGGUCGCCAACCACCCACCCCCGCAGAUGGGUGGCGAGGGCCACUUCCAGCACCAGACCUCGGUGUCCCAUGCGCCUGGCUCCCGGCAGGGUGGGCCUCAGACUGCCAUCCAGUCCCCCGGCGCUUUGCAGCCAGCCGAGUUCCUGUAUUCCCACGGGGUCCCUCGAACCCUCUCCCCCCACCAAUACCACCCCAUCCACGGAGUGGGCAUGGUGCCAGAGUGGAGCGAGACCAGCUAACAAGGGCUAGCAGACCCACGGGGGCCCCGCUGCCGGAAUUCAGAGACAGAGAGAGAGAGACAGAGAGAGAUGGGGGGCGUGGGGAGAGCGGGAGAGCUCUCCGGGGGACUUUGACAGUACUGAAUAUCCUCAGUGAAGCGCACCUCCCCCGGUGACCAACCUGAUCACCCGCUGGAAACCACAGUUCAAAAAGUGGGACUUUGUCCGUCUGGUUGCAAAACUAAAAAAAAAAAAAUAUAUUAAAAAAAAAGCAAAAAAAAAAAAUCCUGGGGCCCACCCCCCAACAAAAAAACACCCCAAACACACGUGUUCUCCAACAUUCCCCUUCCUAACCCCGACCCCCUCAUCUGAAGCUGGGAUUCCACAUCCCAUAGCACUGUCCCAAAUUCCCCCGAAACCCUGGGAGCCGCAAGGAGGGGGAGGGUGGUUUCGGUCCCCGCCUCUCUCACCCCAGGGGAAACAUACAGAUGUUCUCUCCCCUCCCCAGGUCCCCCUCUUCCGUCCCUCCACCCCACCCGCUCUGUGUUUAUGUUGACAUUGUUAUAUAAUAAAUGAUAAUAUAUUUUUUUCUUUUGAUUCGUUUACAGGGACCCAGUCCCUAAUGGGGGAGGCCUUAGAAAGGGGCAUUUCAAAUUGCUUUUUUUCUUUUUUUCCUAAUCAAAAAGAAAACACACUCCCCUCGCUAAGAGAAAAGGUAUCUACCUCGGCUAUGCGAUGUUUCUUUCUGGAAAUAUUCCCUGGGUUCUGACUUCAUUCCGUUUCACUCUGCUUUUAGGAGAAGGAAGCCCGUCCCUUCUGAUCCCUUUGGAAAGCCAUUUCCCGACCCCAUGUUGGCACGGGAUUUCAGGAGAGCUGGCCUCUCCUCUGACACUUCUCGCCUCUGGCGGCUGACAGUUGUUGAAAUGGGAUCUGUGGCUUCUUGAGUUUAUACUGCCGCAGAACGGAGAUGAUAAGAGGAGAUCAAGCUUGGAGCUGAUGGGAGUUAGGGGAAGCCAAAAUAAAUAUCCUCACUGAUAAAAGUGAAACUAGAUUUCCCCCCCACCCCUCACCUCUUACCCCUAUCCCUUUACCACUCCCCAGGCCCGGCCUUAACUGAAAAUAGCCCCCUGUGAAACUCUCUCUCUCUUUUUAAAUGGGACCUCUCAGAAAGAAUAAGGUUCUGACCCCCCACGAAACUGCGUUUUUUCAAAAAAGAGCAGAGAACAGAAAAAGAAAACCGGGGUGUGUAAGUAAAAUUUCUCUUGCAGGGUUCUUCAGAUGUAAUAUUUUACUGGUACUAUUUAUUUAUAAAUUGGAGUUCUAAUUAAGUAAUAGCACGUAAUAAAACCAGCGAGAGAGCUGGUGGAGAAACCUUUUAUUUUCUUGAUACGUGAAAAUCCAAGUUCGUUUUCUCUCUUCCAACUGCUUUUCUUUUCUUUUCAACCGUUCACGAAAAAGAGGCUGGGAUCAAGGGUGCCUCCGAGCGAGAGGGAGCAAGCGAGAGGAGGGGAUGUCUGAGAGGGUCUGCUCGCAUCAAUGGGCCCAACCUCUCCGCAUUGCUCAAAGGAACGGCCCCCUUCGUACGUAUCCUUGCCGUAUUCUUGUGUGCCGAUGUAUGCCUAAUAAAAUGCCCAGUGCUGUUCACGACAAGGUC